AUGCACUCUCUCCGGAGCGUCGCGAGACCUCCAAUUCCUCCUCAACGGUGUCCACAUCGAACCCAAGACCCCUCAUUUCCUCAAGGUACCGUUGCGUUGGAUCACCACUGGCGUCCAUUGCUUCUUUUCGUGAGCGCUGCCUCCGCAUGGCAUACCCGAAGGCGGCCACACCACCGCCAAACACAAAAAAUGCACGCAAGCCGCGCCACGCCAAUCCCCGGAGAAUCUGUGUGUUUUGCUCAAAGCACUCCGAACCAAUCUUCUCCGCGAUUCGCAUAUUCUGCCGCGUCCGCUCAUCAAGCCCCAACGGCGGUUUUUCACCACCACCACCACCAUCCCCGCUCAUUGCCAUACGCCAAGCUGAAUGCGUUUCGGCUAAAUAAUUCCACACACUAUGUCCCCCUUAACUGUAUGAGUGUUUCCCCGAUCGCUUCCUUUAUCCGCUUGCUUGUUUGGAGAAGGUACUUCGUUCGCCCUAUUGCCCGUGUAUGCAGCAAGGUAAACAACAAAAAAACACAUGAAAGAAGUGGAGUGGGCCACUGGAGAUGCAAAUGUCUUCGCCAUCGAGUACACACUCAUGUUGUUGGUUAA